CUAAUAUACACUUUGUAGUCGUCGUUAUUCCUCUGAUCUUUCCCCUCUCUAGCAGAGACACCACCACCUGGACUUGUUUAAUCUCUCAACUCCGUGGGUGAUUCAGCUCCUGAAGAAUUGGUGGGUGAUUCAUCUCGUUUCAGGACUGUUUGGUUGUAUUUCCUGCAGCAUUUCGCAUCGUUCACUUGCAUUCGUUUCUCUAUACGAGACACAAAGACAAAGAUCUGUAUUUUUUAAAUCUAUAUUUGUAGAGGUCGAGGGAUCGAAUGGCAAACACAGCGUGUUUUAUAAUAGUGGGUCGGAAUGAUAUUCCCAUCUAUGAAGCUGAAGUUGGUUCUGCUCCCAAAAGAGAAGAUGCUGCUCAGUUGCACCAGUUUAUACUACACGCUGCAUUAGAUGUCGUCCAAGACCUUGCAUGGACUACAAGCGCCAUGUUCUUGAAGUCAGUUGACAGGUUUAACGAUCUCGUUGUCUCCGUCUAUGUUACCGCUGGCCAUACACGACUCAUGCUCCUUCAUGAUUCACGCAAUGAAGACGGCAUCAAGAGCUUCUUCCAGGAGGUGCAUGAGCUUUAUAUUAAGGUUCUUCUGAAUCCCUUGUAUCUGCCCGGUUCUCGGAUUACAUCCUCACAUUUUGACACCAAGGUGCGUGCACUUGCAAGAAAGUAUCUGUAGAGAAGCACGGAGAUCCUGACUUGCUGUUUGGUGAAGGUCCAAAGCCCAAAGUUGCAGUCAAUUGUUUGUUAUUGUGUUUAUGUUCAAAUGCUAGAGUUCUCUUCUUCAUAACUUCCAAGCAAUGUUUUAAUGUUUGAGAUUCUUUUUAGUGAGAGAAAUAAUCCAUUCAAUCCAAACCCAUAGUUUCAUUUU